GGAAGCCGCGCAGGGUGGAGGCCAAGCGCCGCCCGCCGCCGGAGAGGGGCGGCUGAAGGUUGCAUCUGCUGGAAGGAGGCUUUUGGCUGCUUGGUAACGGGCUGCCAGAAAGGAGAAAGAGGCAGAGAGCAGGGCAGCGGCUUCUUGACGUCAGGACCAAGCGAAGGGAUCGCGCCAGCAAACGCAGCCCGCCGUCCGGUAGGGCCCCCGAAGACGAGAGCAGAGCCCGACGCCAGGCGUCCCCCGGGGCGGGAGUGGGGGCGCGGGAGCCAGUUGACAGGGGCGCAGCAUGCCCCCUGUCCCUGGGCCAUGGAGAUUGCCCUGGUGCCCUUGGAGAACGGCAGUGCCAUGACCGUCAGAGGAGGAGGUGAGGCUCGGGGGGGAGAGCUCCAGCGCCCCUCGACGGCUGGGCUCAGCGAUGGACCCAAAGAGCCGGCGCCAAGGGGGCGCGGCACGCAGAGGAGCGCGGACCCGGGAGGGCGGCCUCUGCCACCGCUGCCCCAGGAGCCGCCGCAGCCUAGACAGCCUCCGGAGGACGAGGAGGGAGAAGGCGACCCCACCCUGGGCAUGGCGGAAGACCACGCGCCGGGCGCAGGGUCCCUUCACCACCAACGCGUCCUCAUAAACAUCUCCGGGCUGCGCUUCGAGACACAGCUGGGCACCCUGGCGCAGUUCCCCAACACCCUCCUGGGGGACCCAGCCAAGCGCCUGCGCUACUUCGACCCCCUGAGGAACGAGUACUUCUUCGACCGCAACCGGCCCAGCUUCGACGGCAUCCUCUACUACUACCAGUCGGGGGGCCGCCUGCGGAGGCCGGUCAACGUCUCGUUGGACGUGUUCGCAGAUGAGAUCCGCUUCUAUCAGCUCGGGGACGAGGCCAUGGAGCGCUUCCGGGAGGACGAGGGCUUCAUCAAAGAAGAGGAGAAGCCCCUGCCCCGCAACGAGUUCCAGCGCCAGGUGUGGCUUAUCUUCGAAUACCCGGAAAGCUCGGGGUCCGCGCGGGCCAUUGCCAUUGUCUCUGUCUUGGUCAUUCUCAUCUCUAUCAUCACCUUCUGUUUGGAGACCUUGCCUGAGUUCAGGGAUGAACGCGAGCUGCUCCGCCAUCCCCCGGUGCCCCAUCAGCCUCCUGGGGCCGCCAGGGGGACCAAUGGCAGCGGGGCCAUGGCGCCUCCCUCUGGCCCAACGGUGGCGCCUCUCCUGCCCAGGACCUUGGCUGACCCCUUCUUCAUUGUGGAGACCACGUGUGUCGUCUGGUUCACCUUCGAGCUGCUUGUACGCUUCUUCGCCUGCCCCAGCAAGGCAGAGUUCUCUCGGAACAUCAUGAAUAUCAUCGAUGUGGUGGCCAUCUUCCCCUACUUCAUCACCUUGGGCACCGAGCUGGCAGAGCAACAGCCAGGGGGCGGAGGAGGGGGUGGCCAGAAUGGGCAGCAGGCCAUGUCCCUGGCCAUCCUCAGAGUGAUCCGCCUGGUUCGGGUGUUCCGCAUCUUCAAGCUCUCCCGCCACUCCAAGGGGCUGCAGAUCCUGGGCAAGACCUUGCAGGCUUCCAUGCGGGAGCUGGGCCUGCUCAUCUUCUUCCUCUUCAUCGGCGUCAUCCUCUUCUCCAGUGCCGUCUACUUUGCAGAGGCUGACAACCAGGAGACCCACUUUUCCAGCAUCCCGGAUGCCUUCUGGUGGGCAGUAGUCACCAUGACUACCGUGGGCUAUGGGGACAUGAGGCCUGUCACUGUGGGGGGCAAGAUCGUCGGCUCGCUGUGUGCCAUCGCUGGUGUCCUCACCAUCGCCCUACCUGUGCCAGUUAUUGUCUCCAACUUCAACUACUUCUACCACCGGGAGACGGACCAUGAGGAGCAGGCAGUCCUUAAGGAAGAGCAGGGCAGCCAGAGCCAGGGGGCAGGGCUGGACAGCAGAGGCCAGCGGAAGGCCAGCUGGAGCAAGGGGUCCCUCUGCAAGGCUAGGGGAUCCCUGGAGAAUGCGGAUGGAGCCCGAAGGGGCAGCUGCCCCCUAGAGAAGUGUAACCUCAAGGCCAAGAGCAAUGUGGACUUGCGGAGGUCCCUGUAUGCCCUCUGCCUGGACAGCAGCCGGGAGACAGAUCUGUAAGGGGAAAUCCAGGCGACUGGUAGCGGGGGUGGGGGACGAUGGAGGCGUCCUGAACCUGCAUAUCUACUUUAUACCACAGAGUAUUUCAAUGCCACCCUGUAACCUACAUCUGUCCCUCUUUUACUCCUUCCCUCCCGUUCUCCCUCUCUGGAUCCCCCCAUUUUUCCUCUUCUUGCCAUGACACCAAGGGUCGCCUAUUUUUAAAAAGCACCACAUUCCAUGACGCAGAGCUGUUGAAAUGGUGAGCGCUGUGAGAUGGAUGUAUUUGUAGCCAGUUUCCUAUACCCAAAAGGGGGAUAACCCAAACAAAAAUAACUUUAAAUAGCCCAGAUCCCAAGAGAUUUUGUAAUCCCCCCCAAUGUGUUCCAAAUUUGCUUUACAUAUGAUUAUAUUUAUUAUAGGGGGAAUAUUAUUUUUAUGGCCGGUAAGUGGAUUUUUGUACUAUAGUUUCAGAUGAAGAUAUUUUGGAUAUAUUUUCAAGACAUAUGUUGUAUUUAUGGAAGAGAGAGUUACUGUGAUGCUUUUCUAUGAUGCUUAUAUUAGAGCCAGAGACCCUGGUUACGGCUUUUCUGGUUCCUGUGUCUGCAAGCCUCUCUCUUUUCUGGGAUGUGGUAUCGGUGCUUUGCGUCUAGGGCAGGGAAUAUUCUGGAAGAAAGACAAGUCUGACUUUUUCUGUGCGCCUUAAACAAUUCUUGUAACAUUCUUUGAAAAGCAUUUUAAUGAUGUUGGAGGGAGACUUCUGAUCAUUCAUUCUUUUUUUUUUAUCCCAGGAAAUAAAAUGUUACUUGGUUGAGGCAAGUGUUAGUUUUUCUACA